GCUACAACUCCACCAUCACCGCAUGCGAGAAAGCCGGGAAGUGGCAGCAAGCAUUGCUGCUCUUCUCGGCCCUUCCACGGGCCAAGCUCGCCCCCACCAUCGUCACCUUCGGCUCUGUGAUCAGUGCCUGCGAGAAGGGAGGUCACUGGCAGAUGGCUCUGCAGAUCUUCCACAGCAUACCAGGAGCGUCCCUCACGCCCAACGUCAUCAGUUUCAGCGCUGCCAUCAGUGCUUGCGAGAAGAGUGGGGCCUGGCAGAAGGCUUUGCAGCUCUUCUAUGACAUGCCUGAAACCGACGUCGAGCCGAACACCAUCAGUUACAGCGCCGCCAUCAGCGCCUGCGAGAAAGGCGGACAGUGGCAGCUGGCCCUGCACUUCUUCGACACUAUGCCAAAGGUCAGGCUUCAGCGCAACAUCUCCAGUUAUUCCGCAGCCCUCAGCGCCUGCGAGCAGGGUGCUGCGUGGGAACUCGCACUGCAGCUCGUGGGCUCUUUGCCGAGAGAUGGGCUGCGAGGGGACACUAUUCUCUACGGCGCCACCCUGAGCUCGCUGGAAAAGGCAGGCCAGUGGCAGCUGUCCUGGCAUCUUCUCUUCAGACUGCCGCAGCUUCAGCUGGAUCCGGACAUUAUCGCCUGCAAUGCCGCGCUUGGAGCCUGUAGGAGAGCGGGAAGGUGGCAGUGGAUCUUGGAACUUUUCGCCGCCAUGCCGGCGAUGGAGCUUUUUCCCAACCUCCUCAGCUUUCACUCGGUCUUGGACUGCACCCAGAAUAGUAGUGUGGACCGCGCAGACGUCGCUGAAGCUGUCAGCCGCAGCAUCCAGGACUUGGGCAAAGCGCCGAUAUCGGGCACAUCCACCAUGGGCAUGCUCUACAUCAAAGCUCAGAUGACUGUUCAAUG